AUCGUUCUUUAUUUUUCAUGUCCGUUGGAUUUAGCGGGACACAAGAGAAAAAUAUAGAGCCAACGUCAGGUUUAUGUGUUUGUGAAAAUAUCAGCUGUGUUUUACCAUUACACUGUUUUCCGCCCUGCUCCUAUGAGUCGGACAGAGUAUAUCGAGUUAAAUCUAACUCAGAUGUGUACGGGAUCUUGGGAAAUGACUCUACAAGAGAGAUGUUUAAUGCUUUAAAAGAUGAGUACCUAGGAUCAGAGUAUGUUGCUUCAGUAUAUUUUGAUGUCACAGGCAAAAGCUUUAUAGGAAUAGGUAAUCCUUCCAAUUCUGAAAUCAUAGUAAAUAUAGCUUUACCGGAAGUGAACAAUUACUCUCUAACAGAAUGCAUGAACAAAGUCAUAACUGUAAAUCUUCAGAGCUCGGAAUCAAAAACACUGAAUUUCAACUGCGAUAUCACUGGGGCAUACAUAAAUGCAUCUGAUAACAUUAUAGCAUAUGUUGCAAGUUUUUCUUCUUUAGAACAAAAUACAGCCUCUAAUCUUCAGUUUAUGGUCGAACAGCUCAUUCCAGUCAACCUAUGGGGAACGCGUUAUGCAGUAGUGCCUUAUGGAAUAAAUGCAUACGGUGACAUAAUAAGCAUAAUAACUUCUCAGCCUAAUACCUUUGUUCAUAUCUCGGGAUAUGACCACGUGAUAAUACCGAAAAAAUACGAAAAUAUACGAAGAAGAAUAGACGGUAAAAAACCGGUGAGAAUACGUUCAUCAAAACCAGUUUCUGUGACACAGUUUGUUUUGAAUGCAGCUCACAAAAGUGUUAUGGUAAUCAAUGUUCCAAUAACAUUCACCACCGAUGACCGUGCUCUGAAUCGCAAUUCUGGAUAUAACCAUUCCUAUAUGAAUGUCACUUACGAGCCUGCAAAUGACGAUUACGCCCCUCUAACUCAUUUUUUUGCGUAUAGAGAGGAUCCUGUUCCGCCGUUGAAAAUAUUUGGAUGCAGUUUAUACAAGGACGGGAUGCAUUUUAGAGGCACUUUCUGUGGCUUUUUACAGAGUGAAGACAGUAAUGAGCGUCACUGGCCUUUAAUGGUGCCUGGAGAUGGAAUAGAUAAUGACGGAAAUGGUCAAACCGAUGAAAACGAUUGUUAUACAAAUCUCUGGGAUGACUCGACUAACCCAUAUUCUUCGCCUUUAGAAUCUAAAUCUGUGUCCUCAAAUGAACUUUAUAAAUCUACAUUAUGCUAA